CCUCCAAUAACAGACUUUUGAGUAACAAGCUUAUCUCUAGCAUGGGCACUUAUUCGUGGGUUCGGUUACCUCCCUGUCAUUGACACGAUUCUCGGACAUCAGCACCAGAAUCCGCAUGAUACCUAAUGCCUUUGAGAGAUGUCGGGCAGCCAAGCUGGGGAAACGAGGCCAAAACAUGUGAUUGCCUGCAGAACAGUUCAGAAUUCAAUCAGAAGCCUCAUCAGCGUGUUGACCUUUGGGGUGGUUAUUGAAUCAUCCCACUCGGGAAACGCUUUUUGAAAGCAAAAGUUGCACAAUAGGAAGCCAUACAAGCCACAAUAUUUCCUGGCCCAACCUAGACAGAAGAAAGCAUUGUGGCCUCGAGGGCGCAUGUUGCGUGACAUCGAUCUAGAAGACACAUGAGGCGUGUUUCGCAUCACAUCAUUAUGCCGUCAAGUUCAAGGCUAAUUCCCAAGAUGUGAAAAGCAAAAUCGAGGGCUGAGAAUGCUACUAAAUAAGACAAUAUGGAUGGAGUAAUGAAUGGAUGUCCCCAGAGGAUCCUCAGAGGGAUCCAGCAGGAAUGGACCUACCCCUUUCAGCUGGAUAUCGUGGAUUCAACAACAUCUGCCUCACCUCCUAGGUUCUCUUAUGAAAAGAGCUGUACCACAAUCUUCAAUAGAGGUCGCACGUAAAUUUAUAUCUCUUUCAACAGACGCCCAGCCCUUAGGCCCUUGUCAUUACAGCGAGAUUAGGAAAGAUUGUCCCCGUCCCGUCCCCUCCCCUCCAAGAUCUUUCUUAUCAGCUCGCUAGGGUGGAGUGUCACUCAUCAUAGCGUCCGAUUCGAGGGGCAGCAUCUCACGGUAUUUGCUUCUUACAGAGCAGAGCAGAGCAGAGCAGAUUGCGAUCAAGUCAAGCAUAUCCGCAUUGCCCCCCCCCCCCCUCCCCCCCCCCCGCGCGCCUCUCGCUCGCGAUUGUCAGUAUAUGCAAAGGCUUCCUAGGAGAUUGUUCUUCUAGCUGCUGACGCGGGAGGAAGAGAAUUCCACCGCAUUCGGCAGUCGACGCGAUCAACAUACAGUAGAUUCGUGACUUCUCGAAACGAUCCGAUCUUUGCUGUGAACAGCAGAUGAUAGAGCCUGAUCCGUGCUCGAUGAACCGCGAUCCAUAUCCCAAAUCGACCUGGGCAUCUAUCUCCCACUCUUCAGAGCCUGUCACUUCUCUUGCUACUGCGCCUUAUCAUACAUCUUCCACACGGGUGCAGCUGUUCCUAUCGCCCCACUGAUGGCCGACACCCAAGAUGGAUUUCAGACGAUGCAGGGCGUGGGCAACAGCGGGGAUUUCAAUGCGAACGAUGCUAGUACCGGUGGUUUGGGACCGGGAGGAGGAGUAACGAAAAAAAAGUCAAGAAGCAGUGGGGAUGCUGCCGCAAGCAAGAGGCGCUGCGUCAGUACGGCUUGUAUUGCCUGUAGGAGGAGGAAAUCGAAAUGCGAUGGCAACACCCCAAGCUGCGCAGCCUGUUCGAGCGUUUACGGGACUGAAUGCGUUUACGAUCCCAACAGCGACCAUCGGAGGAAAGGCGUCUACAAAGAGAAGAUCGAUAGUCUCAAAACGAGGAAUUCAACACUGCAGACGUUGGUACAAGCAAUAUUGAAUGCGGCAGAAGACGAUGUACCUGCACUUAUACGGCAAAUACGGACCUGUGAGAGUCUCGACGAUGUUGCGGAUAACAUUCUUAGACAAGAGCAAGGACUUGAGGAAGAGGAGGAUGAUUACGAUGACAACACUGCGUACAAUACCUCGAAUCUGUCAACAUUCGAGACGGAACUGUCAGGGAAGAUGGGAGAAUUGAGGCUGGAGAACGGCUCCGUUCGAUUUCUAGGAGGAACUUCGAACUUGAUCUACCUUGAUCCAACCGACGAGGCCGACGAAGGGAUCGCCGGUGUAGAAAUGGCUGAGCAACAGGAUGAUCCCUUGACCAGCUGGUCAGCCGUAACGACAGAUACCGAGCUUAUUGUGCACUUGAUCAAUAUGUACUUCACGUGGCAUUAUAACUUCUUCACCACGUUGUCGAAGAGUCUUUUCUACAGGGACUUUUUACUGGGCAAGCCCCAGGGAACACCGAAGCGAACAAUAUAUUGUUCCAGCUUGCUGGUAAAUGCCAUGCUUGCCCUUGGAUGCCAUUUCACGAGCUCACCAAAAGCUUGUGCUGAUCCAAGUGAUCCAACAACCAAGGGAGAUGCUUUUUUUGCCGAGGCCAAGAGACUUAUCGUUGAAAAUGAUGAAUAUGAAAAGCCUAAGCUCACCACAAUUCAAGCUUUGUGUCUCAUGUCUGUCCGAGAAGCUGGCUGUGGCCGCGAAGCCAAAGGGUGGGUUUAUUCCGGAAUGGCCUUCCGGAUGGCACAAGAUAUGGGAUUGAAUCUUGAUUCUGGUGGGAUGACCAACAAUAAAGAGACUAUGGACGAGAAAGAAAUAGAUGCUCGCAGGAUUACAUUCUGGGGCUGCUUCUUGUUCGACAAAUGCUGGUCCAAUUACCUUGGUCGUCUUCCGCAAUUACCAGUUUCAAAUAUCACUGCCCCAAAGUACGAUGUGUUUCCAGAAGAAGAUGCCGAUAUUUGGUCGCCUUAUACUGAUAAUGGUGUUGGACAACUGCACUCACAGGCGUCCCGUACCAGAGCUGUGGCAUUGCAGGGCUCUAAACUCUGCGAGAUCAGUAGUGAUCUGUUGACAUUCUUCUACCACCCGCAAGCUCUGGAAAGAUCGGUCGGAAGGUCCCAGGAGUUGAAAAAGUUGAGCGAGUUGCAAACGAGACUGGAGGCUUGGCGAAGAGAAUUACCGAAGGAAAUGGAGCCAAAGGAAGGACAAUUGCCCAAUGUUCUGCUAAUGCAUAUGUUCUUCCAUUUGUUGUAUAUCCACCUUUUCCGACCUUUCCUCAAGUACAAUCCAUCGACAUCACCCCUGCCGACCCACGUCUCACCUCGAAAGCUCUGUACACAGGCUGCUGGAUCAAUCUCGAAGCUCAUGCGUCUAUACAAACGCACGUAUGGUCUACGCCAGAUAUGCAACAUCGCAGUAUAUAUGGUCCAUUCGGCAUGCACCAUUCACCUCCUCAAUCUCCCAGAGAAGACAGCAAAGAGAGACAUAAUUCACGGAGUGAAGCACCUGGAAGAAAUUGCCGAAGACUGGCUAUGCGCUCGUCGCACUUUGAGCAUCUUAUCUGUUCUAGCACGGAAGUGGAAGAUUGACCUUCCUGACGAGGCUGCAACAGUCUUGACUCGCACUGAUUCUAAGUUUGGCUUCUUCAGCACUGCGGAUGUGCCAUCUCCCAAACACGAAUUGGUUGUGGCUACUCCUCCCUCGAACAAUACAUCUCCGCCUCGUGUGAUACAUUCGGUAACACAGCAACAGAAUCAAGCCCGUUUUCAAACGCAGCUUCAGCAAAGUCUGUACUCCUACCUUCCUGAUUCCAGGAUUAAUGGAGCUGCUUUACGACCAAUCAAAACACCGAGCAACCAGACAAGUACGGGUCAAAACCGUGACGGUUUUGCGACCAGUAUCGGAUCGAUGAACAUGCCCAGCGAGCCAAUUAUUCCAACUGUGCCUUAUCCUCGCCACAACUAUUCCAACUCCACUUCCUCGAUAGCCAGAUCUGCUAUGACACCAAAUAACGAUGUCCCCCGCAACAAUUCUGGUGUGACUUCAGAAGCAUCAGGCUCCAUGACAAGACAAGUUAGUCCCACCAUGUUCGGUGGUGUAGAAGCUUUGGUAGAGAGCCAAGAUUGGUGGCUGCGAGAUCAGGCAAGUCUCGCCAUUGGUUUUGACAACUGGAUGUCAGCUGGUAGCGACCUCACAGCGGGCACUAGUACUAAUAAUCCUGGAUUGAACGGUAACGCCUCUGCCGAUAUUGACCAGAUGACGGGAUCUUCUUACUACAUGUCACCGAACGCAAAUGGGAAGCGAAAUGAUGGCUUCGAUGACGAAUGGUAUUAG